AAGAUGGUUUUCCAGAAACACCGUAAACGUAACUACAAGGGAAGAGGUAGACCCUUGCAUGUCUCAGGUACAACCCGCGUAAACAAAGGCUAGCUAGCUAACUUUUGACAGAAGUAAAAGGAACCAUCAUUAACAAAACAGAGCAACGACUGACUUGCCUGGGCUUUCCUUGCACCAUGUCUCGACCACUGGGAGAAAGCCAUAAAAGGUUCCUGCAAACCAUGAUGGUCAAUGGGAUCAUUGAUGGUUCCAAGGCAAGGGCUCUCCACCGGCAUUGCUGUGAGACACACGGUGCACAUUAUGCUCAUGAUAAACUUGAUGAAUUCAUCGAGGUUAUCAAUGCCCAGCUGCAGCCCAUGUUCAUGCAGAUCAGAAAAGGGAUGUCUGAGGAGGAUGGUCUUCAGUACCAUGCUUUGGUGAACAUGGCUGAAACUGAUGUGACCAGGAUGUCAACUGAUUAUGCAGACAACGAGUUGGAAUUAUUUCGAAAAACAAUGGACCUAAUUGUGGACUCUGACAAUGGAACCGCCUCUUCCACGGACAUUCUUAACUGUGCCGACAGCCUCCAGACAAAGAAGCUAAAGAAAAGAGAAACGGAACAUGUACUGAACAGGCUUGUUCAGGAUAAGUGGCUGAAUGAGAAAAAUGGAGACUACUCUCUCUCCACUCGAUGUAUAAUGGAGAUGGAGCAAUAUAUUCGGAUGUUGUAUCAAGACCAGGUCAAGGUCUGCCAUAUCUGUCACAAUGUGGCCUUGCAGUGCCAGAUGUGUGAAAAUCCUACAUGUGGCAUCAAAAUCCACACCCCUUGUGUCGCCAGAUACUUCAAAGGAAGGACUGAUCCACGAUGCCCUGCCUGUGAGGACUUCUGGCCACAUGAGAUCCCAGAUGUGUAUAGACCUCCGUCCUCUCAGAGCGAGACUCAGUCAGCAGCCAAAGAGAACACGGCCCCCACCCCCACUCCUCGGUCUACAGCUCAGACCCGGAGGACCAGGAGGUCAUAACCUCACGGAUGUAUGUAUAGCUGUCAGAACUUUCAGUGCAAUGUUUUGCCUUCAUUCAAAUGUAAAGAGAACUCAAUUUCAGUUUGAAUGUUGAUCAAAACAUUUUUAUUAUAUCAAAUGUUAAUGUUCUCCUGAAAGAAUCUAACUUUCAUUGAAUUGUCAAUGGUCUCCCGUGAGCUCCACUCUUAACUUGAUUAUCUCAAUUUUAUUAAGUUACUUUCUAGGGGAGCAAUUCUGAGAAGUGUGGCAACUACUUCAAUCAUUCUUUCAGGCAGUUUAAAUGGAAAGCUGUUUGUCCAUAAUUUGUGCCUGUGGUUCAUUAGGAUGUUAAAUUAGAAUAGUACUGCCUUAUUUGAAUACAUUAUGGACAUUACCUCAUCUUUGAGUAUCUGCAGGAAUAAUUUGGGAACAAUUACAUAUGCUAAUUUGAAAAAGCAUACCCUAUUAAAUUAAAUGGGUAACAACUCCAUAUUUUAUAUGCAGUAGGAAAUGAGCAUACACUAACUGCUCCUUCGUUUAAUUUAGGAAUGAGUAGAAGCAAGUGCCAAUCAUGCAGGUAGCUUGGAAUUCAAUGUGUGCCAUAAUCACAUUCAAGUGUUGAUAGAUUGAACACAACUGGCUUUCCUUUGUCAUGGAUAUGUGGUGGGACACUUAAGUAUGUAAAAUAGCCAUAGUGAUAGGCUAUUUUCCUCUACUCAAGUUAAGUUCAGCAAAGUUUCCAUAAUUCUUCAAUAUGAAUCACCGUUGUAAGUUGUGAACUAUGUAAAUUGAGACUUGUUUCCAACCGUAUUCCUUUUUGAAUUACCAUUGUCACUUAACCAUGAAUUUGUUUAUAGAAUAAGGUGUUUUUAAAGCCAUUUGGUGGAUGAGGCUGAGAGGGCUGAAGCAAUGAAAGGACAGACAUGUUAAUGAUUGUUUAAGAAGAUAAUAAUUCAGACAUAAGUCACAACAUACGUGAGCACGGGACUUGCAUUGUACAAGACUAAAAACAACCUGAAUCUGGAUCCCUCAUCGUGGGUCAUGCCCACCAGAAGCUCACAGAAAAGCUGAGCUCCAAAGAACUGGACUUGACUGGGAUGAACAAGACCUCCCCAGGCUGCAACACACACUCUUGGUAGGGAGCCUUCACAAACUCUGGGAAUCGCACCACGUCUGGACUUUCCACCUCCACCUGCAUUAAAGAAAGCUUUGUGUUUAAAUGGCAAA